AUGUUCUUGGAAAAAGGAUCUGAGACCGAACAACGCCUCGUCUCUCCUUCGACGACAAAACCAUUAAACUCGAUCAAACUAAACCAUUUCAAAACGAAAGCGAGCGCGCACUUAAAAGAUGGCAAUUACAUCGCCGCGUACGAAACGUACUCGAUGUGCAUCGAUAUGGUUUUAGAGUCAUCGUCGUCGUCGUCUUCACAAAAAAAAAGGAACAAAGACGAAACGCUCGUCCUCGAGUCUCUCUAUUGCAACCGAUCGCUGACGUACGAGAAAGCUGGGAAAUAUACGCUCGCGUUAGAAGACGCAUUAAAAUGUAGAGAUACGAAUUCAAAAGCUAAAUGGCGUGCGGCUAUGGCGUUGAAAGGAUUGAAUCGUUUCCCAGACGCUUUAGAGUGUUUUCGCGAAAGCUACCAGUUACUUCCAGCGAGCGAACAGCCUUCUUACUUUGGCGAGUACAAUAAGGUCAUAUGCAACGUAACCAAACGAUUGACGCGAGAGGAUUUGGGGAGAUAUGUCAUGAAAGAAGUCAAUGCAGUGUGCUUACCGCCGAGACUGGAGACGGUGACCAAAUUGGAGCAAGAAGAAGCGAUGUUCCGCGCGAUUCGAGAGGAACACUCGCAAAACCGAAAGCCGGGCGACUAUUACACCUAUGUCUCAAAGUGGGUUCUCAAACCAAUGUCGCUCUCCAUGGCGUACAUUCAACGUUCGCAGAUGUUUUACAAGGCGAAUUGCUUCAAACAAGCGAGAUUGGAUGCGGCCAUGGCGAUUGAAAAUUGCAAAGGUGGGGUGAGUAGAAAAGAAAGUAUGAAGGAGUCGGAAAAGGAGACAAAGAAAGAAGAGAAGAAGGAGGAAGAAGAAGAAGAAGGAAAAGAAGACGAAUAUAAGAUGUCGUACAAAGAGGCCUCAAUAUACGUCAAAUACAACGACAGAUCUUUAAAAGUCGAACCGUUCGCGUGGUAUCUUCUCGGUAAAGGCUUCCAAGGCGAACCCGGCUUUUCAAAAGAAGACUUUGUUCCAGAUCACAACGCCGCCGGGAAGUGCUUCGCCCGGGCCCAACACCUCGACCCCGAUAACGAAAUGUAUCGAAACGCGUUCCGAGCGAUGACGUCGAAUUUAGAUAACGCGGAAAUGUCCGCCGUGUUGAACGACAAGCACGAACAAUACGAGACGUCUGAAUUUGGUAUCGUGGAUUACGAUUCAAAUACAGACGGAGACGUUUAUCUCGGGCACGGGAAAGUCACGUUCGAGUGCGUCAACGCAAAGUUGAUGAUGUUCACUACGGCUUCACGUUUCCAGUUGAGAGAGUACAUCUCGAAGAGUGCAAACAUCGAGUUGAAGAAAGUCUUGAUCGAAAGCGUGAAAUUGGUCUCAUCAUCGUCCACAAAAGAAGACGAAAACAAGGAAAAUAAAGCGUUUUCUCCUUCUUCCUCGACGUCUCUUUGCGUCGAGUUUCAAAUGGAUUUCGCCAACGAUAACGAGCACGCGAAAAAAUACAUGAACGCCAUCGACAAAGAGCAGAAGAUCGUUCUGAAAACGCUCGGUUUAGGUAAGUUUUCUUUCGUCGGCAUCGAGUUUGUUGCUGCAAAGACGCUCUCGUUCAAAGGCUACGGGUUCGGCAGAAUUUUACAAGAGGAGAUAUCGGCCGGAAAAGAAAUAGUCGUCGCGCAACGACCAUCCAAAGCGAUCGAUUUGCCGUACCAAAACUAUAAACUCACUCACAGCGACGGGACACCGAUUGAGCGCGUGGAGAAACACGCGUUCGGGAUGACUGAAAUCCAUUACGACAAAGGUCACAUGGGACGAAACAAAGAAAAUGUAUGGGUGUCCUUGAUGGAUGAUUCCAUCCGUUGGCGCCAAUCGAGUUCGGAAGUCAAAGUCAUCGUAAACACAGUCCCAAAAGAUCGAUACACGAAACACCACCUUGAUGUCUCCAUCAAAACAAAGUCGUUAAAAAUCACCGACCGCGAUACCAAAGAGGUGUACAUAUCUGGCGAGCUCGAAUACCACGUCCUCCCGGAAAGUUCUUCCUGGUACCACUUACAAGGUGACGGUGAAGACGGCUUUGUUUUCUUACUCGAGAAAGCAAACUUAAAAUUGCUCUCGAAGGCAGACGAUUGCGAACACGCGGACAUGUGGUGGGAUCGUCUGUUUUCCGCGCACUGCAAGAUUGCUUUCGACGACUACGACAAAGACUACUCAGACUUACCGGCGCCAAUCAUGAACACUCACCUGGCGUUCGAGCAUUCCAAACAAUCCGUCUCACACAUCGAAUUUGAAGAAACAAAAGAACGAGACUCGUGUCAAGCGAAAGAUGACAUUCGCAAACGCGAGCGACAGGAGCGUUUGAACGUCUUGCGCGGCGGCGGCGCGUACAAGAGUUGGGUUCGCCUCGAACGCGAGUCGCCGUCGAACGAUCCUUUGAGAACAGAUAAGAAGAAACCAGGUGGAGGUGACCGAGACGCCGAGUUGUUCGAUUAA